GUUGUACUGUAUUGGUCACGUGCAAUUGCAAGCCAAAGUAGGACAGCCCUCGCAGCGUACACAUCCAUCUUACUGUUAGGCUUACGCUCGCCCAUUGCUGUCAACGGUCUGCGGCGUAUGGUAUUUCUCGGUAUAGCUUUUAGCCAAAUUUUAGUGCAAGGCUGUUGCUAGGAAAGAAGCCUUAAUACUUUAUUUCUUGCUUUUUAGAGCUCUAAUUGGAUACCAUAGGCCCGUUGUGUAGGCAGGUACAUUGAACGGCCUACAGGCAAGCCAAUUCCACAGGUCCAAGCCUACCACACAAGGGUGGUGGGAGGAGGAUACUCACCGUCAUCACUUUUCCUAAUUUAUAAACUAAGCAACUAGAAUGGGUUGCGGUGCGAGUAAUCAGUCGAAAGCCGCGCACGACCCGGCUGGUCACGGCGUGGCCGGUCAGGCUUCGCCUGUAGGUUAUCCUCUCCCGCCUCCCGGCGCCUACCCUGGCGGCGCUCCUCCCCCUCCUGGUUCUUACCCUGCUGCUGGCCCUCCUCCGGCGGUCUACCAGACACCCCCGCAACACCCGCAAGCCAAGCACCGACGCAGCGGCUCCGGCAGCAGCAACGACGGCAGCAACCACGGACACAAGCACCACCCGCCGCCAGCAAACGUGUACGGCACACCCGUGCCGUACGCCGCACCUCCACCUCCCGGCUACGGGGGUUACCCCCAGGGUUAUCCGCCUCCUCCCGGCUACGCUGCGCCACCGCCUCCCGGCUACGGUGCGCCUCCCGGGUACGGCGGAUACCCCGCUGCCCCCCCGCCGGCCUAUUACCCCCAGCAGCAGCCAGUGAUGGUGGUGCAACAGGGCGGCUAUGGCGGCCACGGGGGGUACGGGGGGUACGGCGGCCACGGGGGGCAUCAUGGUGGCAUGGGAACGGGUACGGCAAUCGCCAUGGGCGCUAUGGGCGGUAUUGCGGCAGUGGGGGCGGGCAUGCUGCUCGCAGAUGCCAUGGAUGGGGACAUAAUGGACGAAGGGUUUUGAGCGUUGAAAGGGCUUUCGUGGGGGCUGAGAAGGACGUGUACGGCGGCGAGCUGAGGCUGCCGUACGUUCUGACAACUUUCUGGUGUGAUGGUGUGGGCCUGAUGACAGCGAAGUGACCGAGCGACUCAGCAAUGUACAGAUUUGAGCGCUGACGAGGUGUCGUGAGGAGAGGAAUGUACAAUACCCAUGGUGUAGCAUGAUUGAACGUUAGAGGGGGCCCUAAGCAGGGAUGGGUCCGCAGGGGCGCAAUUGGUCCUAUCACACCCCUUUAUAUGUUAUGACUGUGUAAACCUGCAGGCGUGUGAGUUUGGUGCGACUCGUUUGGUUUGACUUGGUGCUGUGCCGCGUCGCCUGACCUCGUGUACCCCAGGGAGGGUGUGAGGUUUGCCUGUGAUGCCGUGCAUGGGGUGUUGAUUGUGUGUGCUAGUUGUGAUUACAAGUACUGCCUGCCUUGCAUGUUACGUGACUACAUUGCAGCACUGACGUUUCUUUAUCUUAAUUCUUAUGUUUCCAUGCGCCUUGCGGGUAUGCCAAUCGUGGAUGCCGUGUUUUGGGUUUCCGGGCCGAAUACAACUGUACAACAGCAGGAGCAGGCACGGAAAUAGAGGCUAUUGCCCAGGCAAGGAACCGUAUAGCAAUCUGGCAAGGGGGCCCGUUUAUCUUUACGGAGGAAUGUCGAUGGUGUUUGUGGAUUGCAGACGCGUGUUGUGGGACGGCCACACCUUACUAAAAUAAUAAAUGUAUCGUCUUGAAGGAGCAAUGCAGUGUACAAUGUUGCACCGUUCACAUC